GUCAGUGCCAACAGAAGGAAAAGGAACGUAGCCUAAAGACUUGUUUACAAUUUGUUACAUUAUGUUUACGGAUUUCAGCAUACAAAUGACGAUCUGUGUCACGGUUAUGUACUGUGUAAACAGUUUGUUGACAUAUUUGAAAUUUGGUUAUAUACCUGCAAUACUAGAAGCAUAUAGUUAAGAAUGGCCUAGUUUUGAUACUGUUGACACUUUUUAUCUACAUCUAGCACAAAAGUUCUUCCGCAUUGCACGUAUGGCAUUGUUGCAUUGAGGUUGACAAAUAUUUGCAUAAACUCAAUUGACCUUUUGCUUCUGGCCAAGAAAAAGAAUAGACAUUUAGUAUUCUGUUACAGAACAGCCGUUAACAAGGCAAACGUAUUUACGGAAGGUGAAAGCACAUUGAAGAUGUCAAAAGCAAAAUAUUUUCUCUGGGGUCUGCCAUGUUUCUCAAUCUUUGUAUCUGAACUCUGGACACAAGCAGUGAGCGCUGGCGCCGCCAGCGACGAGCGGAUGCUGUUCGACUUUGCGAGCGCGGCGUCGGUGGACGGCUGGACGGAGCAGUCGGACACGGCCCGGUCCGUGGGCAUGUCGAAGGCCGUGCUCCUGCUGCAGAGGACGCAGGUCUUCCAGCGCGCCGUGCUCUUCGCGCUGCUCAACCCGCAGCCCAACGGGGCGGGCUUCGCCGGCGUCAGGACCGCCACCUCGCUGGACCUGCGUGACUACCAACGAGUGCAGCUUCGCCUCCGCGGGCAGGGCGCCAGCACCGGCUACAAGGUCGUGCUGCGACACAAGGGUCUCAACGACGAGCCACACCCCACCUACGAGCAGUUCUUCCAGGUGCAGAGGGACACGUACGAGACCAUCAGCCUGCCUCUGGACGACUUCAAGCCGUACUACAGGGGCAGGCCCCUCAACUCGUCGGAAGCUGAACCGCUGGACAAGUCAAACAUCACCAGCUUCGGGCUGCAAGUUUACGGGGGAGUGUACUUGCCUGUCAAGCAGUCCGGACCGUCUACUCUAGAAAUUGAUUGGAUCAAAGCAGUGAAAUGAAUUACGUGCAGUAUGAAUUAACAUUGCACCAGUAGGCUUUGUAUCUAGCACCAGAUUUGAAUAUUUUCUAUGGUAUUUAAAUAUUUAGGAUAUUAUCCACCAUUAAAAUUUUUUUUAAAUAUUCUAAUGUAAACUUUAUGAAACUAGUUCAAUAAACUAUGCAGCAAGGAGGCUUUACAGAAUGUUUACUCUGGUAACUAUGUAAUAUGUAUUAGAAUAUUCUUACUGAUAGACAGUAACAUAAAAUUUAAAAAUGUUAUAUAAGUUUUUUAUAAAUAAAAUAUUUUCUCAUUGU